AUGGCCGCGCUCUCCGCGGUCUGCCAGCGGUCGCUCCAGGCGUUGCAGCCUCCGGCGAAGCUCGCGGGCACGGUCGUCCACGGCUUCGGCCGCGGGUCGGCGCAGCUGGGCUUUCCGACGGCGAAUUUGGCCAUCAACUGGGCCGAGCAGCUCGACACGUUGACGGACGAGGAGCGGGACGUGCGGCGCUUCGUCGACGAGAACCGGACGGGCAUCUACGCGGCCUGGGCCCAGGUCGCGUCCGGCGCCGACCGCGGCGUCUACAAGGUCGCCAUGAGCGUCGGGUGGAACCCGCACUUUGGCGACUUGGAGCGGAAGACGAUCGAGGCGUGGCUGCUCCACGACUUCGAGGCCGACUUCUACGACCAGCGCCUGAAGCUCGUCGUCGUCGGCUACGUGCGGCCCGAGCUCAAGUUCGACUCCUUCGACGAGCUCAUCCGCGAGAUCCGGGCCGACGGCGACUUCUGCGGCGCCGCGCUCGACGGCCACGCCGCCUGGCCCGCGGACGCCCACUUCGCGGCGCCAUAA